CUGUUCGCAGAGCUCCCAGCCUAAGCCAGCAUGUUCGUGCUGGUGGAGAUGGUGGACACGGUGCGAAUCCCGCCGUGGCAGUUUGAGAGGAAGCUCAACGACUCCAUCGCUGAGGAAUUGAACAAGAAGUUGGCCAACAAGGUUGUGUACAACGUGGGACUCUGCAUCUGCCUGUUCGACAUCACCAAGCUGGAGGAGUCGUACGUGUUCCCGGGAGAUGGUGCCUCCCAUACCAAAGUCCAUUUUCGCUACGUGGUGUUCCACCCAUUCCUGGACGAGAUCCUGAUCGGGAAGAUUAAAGGCUGCAGCCCAGAGGGGGUGCACGUCUCUCUCGGCUUCUUCGAUGACAUUCUCAUUCCCCCGGAGUCACUGCAGCAGCCGGCCAAGUUUGACGAAGCCGAGCAGGUGUGGGUGUGGGAGUACGAGACGGAGGAAGGUGCGCACGACCUGUACAUGGACACGGGCGAGGAGAUCCGCUUCCGGGUGGUGGACGAGAGCUUCAUCGACACGUCCCCCACCGGGCCCAGCUCAGGCAGAGCCGCCGCUGCCAGCGAGGAGCAGCCCCGGAAGGAGCCCUACACGCUCACGGGGUCCAUCAGUGAGCCAGGCCUGGGCCUUCUAUCUUGGUGGACCAGCAACUAGUCCUGUGCUAGAACUUGGACCUUGCCUGCUGG